GGCGCCAUGUGUGUCCGGGUCACGCGCGAGCCGCGCGCAGCUUGGUCCGCGUGCGAGUGAGGAGGCGGCGCCGCAGGAUUUUACAGGGAGUGUGGUUACCUGUUCAGCUGCAUUCAUCAUGAUAACUCCAGCAUUUGAACUGAGCCAGGAUCCAGAUUUUCUUACUAUAAUAAUCAAUGUACCUUAUGCCAAAGUUUCUGAGUUUGAUGUAUAUUUUGAAGGAAAGGAUUUUAAAUUUUAUGCUAAGCCUUACUUUCUCAGGCUAACUCUUCCUGGAAGAAUUGUGGAAGAUGGAAGAGAAAAAGCAUCUUAUAAUGUGGACAAAGGCAUUUUUACAGUUCGACUGCCUAAGGAGACUCCUGGUCAGUAUUUUGAUGGGUUGGACAUGCUGACGGCUCUGUUAGCACAGAAGAAAUCUAGAUCAGCUAAACCAUUAGUGGAAGAGAUAGGUACCUCUGCUGAGCUAGCCGAGGAGGAGGAGGAAGAGGAAGAAUUUGACUGGGAAAUUGAACAGACCCCUUAUCAUGAAAUUGCAGAAAGCACUUUACAUUUACAAUGCUGCUAUGGGUUUGGAAAUUUGAAAUCAGGAGUUUUCCAACGAUUGCAGGAUGAACUCAGUGAUGUUAUUGACGUUAAGGAUCCAGACUUAACCCCUGCAGAUGGACGCAGACAGAAACGACUGGAGACUGAGGCUGCUAAGUUUGAUCCUGAUCAUUAUCUUGCUGACUUUUUUGAAGAUGUAGUCAUUCAGCAUGUUUUGAAGUACAAGCCCUGGUGGGUUGAUGCUUAUGCAAAAAAGAUGGCUUCCCAGGGAAGGAGUCAUCAGGAACAUGUUAGUCGAACAACGUUGGUCUCCUUGUCAGAAGAAGAGAAAGAGCAGCUGAGAAAAUUCACAAAUAAAUCUUACCUGCUAGAUAAAAGAACCCGUCAUCAAGUGUAUUUCAGUUUAAUUGAUAUCCUUCUGGCAUACUGCUAUGAAAUUUGUAUUACUGAAGGAGACAAAAAUGUAGAGUCGUCAUGGAAUAUCAGGAAACUGAGUGCAACUUUGUGCUGGCUCGAGAGUUUCACUAGUAUUUCUGAGGUCCUGGUAUCCUUUGGAAGAAGGGUUUUAUGUUAUCCACUCUACAGACAUUUCAAAUUAGUGAUACGAGCCUUCAGUGAUACAGUCAUGAUAUUGCAACUAGGUAAAAGUGCUGUUUUGAAGUGUCUGUUGGACAUUCACAAGAUUUUUCGAGAAAAUGACCCUGCCUACAUCCUUAAUGAUCUCUACAUUACAGACUAUUGUAUUUGGAUUCAAAAAACCAAGUCAAAAAAGUUGGCAGCACUUGCUGAAUCCUUACAGAAAGCCAAGCUAAUUAAGGCCCAUUUAGGGUUUGAACUAGAAGAGCUGGAAUCAGCUGCACUUCUGGUACAAGAGGAAGAAAGUGAGUUAAAAGCUGUCAGUGCUGUUUCCAAGCAACAGCUGCCUUCCUCUGAAUUGGAGACGAGUGACUCUGAAGAAUCAAGUAGUACUUCAUCAUCUGAAACAGAAAGCUCUGAUUCAGAUGAACAAGAGUCCUCAACCAGUGAAGAUGGGAAAAUAAAUUCUCUACAAGGGACACUCGAAAAGGAGAGGACAGCCCCACUUUUUGACUGCAAUGGAUUAGGGCGAGACACAGACACUUUGACAUUAGAUGUUAGUAAUGAAAAAUCAAAGGCUUCUUUACAAUCUACAUCUGUUCCUGGAAAACUGAUAGAGGAAUUAGGAAAGAAAAUGCAGACUGCAAUUAGGCUUUCAGAACAGCCUGAAGGAUUGGCUACUGCAAGCUACACAGUUUUGCAAGAGAAAGGAGCAAAUUAUGCAGCUGAACCCCAAAGACUUUCAGAGGAUCCAAGUGGAAAAGAAAAUUUCUUGGAGAUUUCCCCAAAGGAAAACCUACUGCUGUUUGUUGGCAGCACAAAUGAAGAUGAAGACUAAACAAGCAUGUUAGGAAAAACUCUGACCCUUUACGUAAUACAGCUCAUUGCUAUAAUGUGAUAUUGUUCCUACAUCUAAUGUGUGCAAAAAGGAGGUGAUAUUUUUUCUUUUUUUUCACCCUGUUGACAGUUCUUAAACACAAGAGUCCUCUGAAGGGAAUCAACAAGACUUUCUCAAACCCUCAUAAUUAGAUAUAUUUUUUACACCAGUGAUUCAUCAGAAAGUAAAAUUUUGAUCCCCAAAUGCAGGAAUCUAUAACUUCAGUAAAUAUUUUCAGGAACGGUUUUCAUUAAGGUUAGUAAUAGAAUGAAGAGAGAUAAUGAAAUAUAACUGAAAAUAGUUGCACCAUCAGUUAACUGUCUCGACUGAUGACAUCAUCUUGAUAAAUAUCCCCAUAUGUUCAUGACUUUUAUAAUGACAUUUUACUACAUUAUUGGAUUGUGAAUAUUUUAUUUCUAAUUUCUACUUUAAAAAGAAUGAUGAAUGUCAUAAAAAUCCAGGCAGCACUGGCAGUUUGUGUUUGUAGAUCCAACUAAGUGUUCCUCACUUUUUUGUUAGUACAAAAUAAAGGGAGUUUCUUUAUUGUGAGGACCAGGCAAUGCUAUGUAUAAUAUUUUAUGUCUACAGUUAAAAAUUGUUCUUUACCACUUUCAGCAUUUGUUUACUUUACUGUGCCAUCCAUUUUUUGAAAUGUUUCUCAGUGUAGAUGUUGUUUCCCUUUCAAAAAUGAAAAAAUCUUGCUUCAUGUUACUGUUCCAGGGCUGUUGCUGGCCCCACCGAGGUGGUGAGACAAUAUGGUUUACUGCUCUGCGCCCAAGAAUGAAAGCCAGGAACUCGUAAUUUCUAGUCCCAGCUCUGCCACUGAUUUACUCUGUGUCUUUGAAAAAGUCAUUUAACCUCCCUAUGCCUCAUUUUCUCCAUCAGUAAAAUAUGAAUAAUACUUGCCUAUCUCACAGUGAUGUUGUGAGAAUAUUAAUUAAUAUGCUUACGGUAAUAGUGAAAAGUCUAAUGUUUUACAAAUGAAAUGCCAUAUUUCCAGGCAGGUAUGACUUACCCAUAAAAGGUUGCUUCAGGAUGAAAGGUAGCUUGAAUGGUCUCUUGCUUUCAUUUGUGUGUGGUGUGGGAGUGUCUUACUAAUAUUAAAAUCCAAUUUUUUGGGAAUGAAAAAAUAAAUUUGAAUUUGGCAGA